AUGCCUGGAGUCCAGGGACCAGCCCUGAGGCAAAGCCUGAAUGUCUCCUGGAGCCCCUACUCUGGGUAUGAUGAGGAGGCAUACUCGGCUGAGCCAUUGCCAGAACUCUGCUACAAGGCGGAUGUCCAGGCCUUCAGUCGGGCCUUCCAACCCAGUGUCUCCCUGGCAGUGGCUGCACUGGGUCUGGCCGGCAAUGGCCUGGUCCUGGCCACCCACCUGGCAGCCCGACGUGCUGUCCGUUCGCCCACUUCUGCCCACCUGCUCCAGCUGGCCCUGGCCGACCUUCUGCUGGCCCUAACCCUGCCGUUCGCCGCAGCGGGGGCUCUGCAGGGCUGGAGUCUGGGAAGUGCCACCUGCCGCGCCAUCUCGGGCCUCUACUCGGCCUCCUUCCACGCUGGCUUCCUCUUCCUGGCCUGUAUCAGCGCCGACCGCUAUGUGGCCAUCGCGCGGGCCCUCCCCGCUGGACCGAGGCCCUCUGCGCCAGGCCGCGCACACGUGGUCUCAGCCAUCGUAUGGCUGCUGUCGCUGCUUCUCGCGCUGCCUGCUCUCCUUUUCAGCCAGGAUGGGCAGCGGGAAGGCCAGCGGCGCUGCCGUCUCAUCUUUCCCGAGGGCCUCGCGCAGACGGUGAAGGGGGCAAGCGCCGUGGCGCAGGUGGUCCUGGGCUUCGCGCUGCCGCUGGGCGUCAUGGCCGCCUGCUAUGCGCUCCUGGGCCGCACGCUGCUGGCCGCCAGGGGGCCCGAGCGCCGGCGUGCGCUGCGCGUCGUGGUGGCCCUGGUGGCGGCCUUCGUGGUCCUGCAGCUGCCCUACAGUCUCGCCCUGCUACUGGAUACGGCCGACCUACUGGCUGCCCGCGAGCGGAGCUGCCCUGCCAGCAAGCGCAAGGAUCUGGCACUGCUCGUGACCGGAGGGUUGGCCCUGGCCCGCUGCGGCCUCAACCCCGUACUCUACGCCUUUUUGGGCCUGCGAUUCCGCCAGGACCUGCGGAGGCUGCUGCGGGGUGGGAGCUGCAGCCCAGGGCCUCGCCCCCGGGGCCGCUGCCCCCGCCGGCCCCGCCUCUCUUCCUGUUCGGCUCCCACUGAGACCCACAGUGUCUCCUCCUGGGACUACUAGGGCUGCGAAUCAAGGGGAGAGGGCGGGCUGAGGAAAUGAUUCCAGGGAGGGUAGUGGGAAAGGGGAGUAGGUGGGGAGACCCUGAGAAGGAGGUAGGGACCUAAAGGAAUUGCUUCUGUACUUUGCCACAUUAAAUUGAUAACAUGGAAAUGAGAUACAACCCAACAACUGUUACUAUUUUUGAGUCACCGACUUGGAAGUGAUUUGUAGCAGGGCAGAACCGGUGGGUUCCCCCUCCCCCUCAGUGCGCUUGGCUCUGAGUGGAAGGCGCUGAGAAUCUGGGUGGGGGUGCAGGGCUGCUGAGCCUGCUGAAGCUCUAGGCACUGACACUCCCUCCACCUUCACCAGGUCUCUGUGAACAAGAGAGCCUCCGGCGGCUGAGACCAAGAGCCACCUCCACUAGGGGCCAGGAUCCAGGGAAGGCCCAGAGAUGGCGCCGAUCUUCCGAAGGUCCCACAAGACAGUCGCUGGGGGCCAACCUGGAACCCUCCACCGGAGACCGCGGGAAUCGCCGCUGAGUCAGCAACGCACGCGCGCGCCCGCGGUCGCCCUGGCCCCGCCCCGUUCGCGGCCCCGCCCCGCCCCGGCCGUUUAGCGCCUGGCUUAACCCCUUCCGACAUAGAACUCCAGGCUAUUCACCCCAAGAGGCCUCCACUUUUCGAAGACCACAGAAUUCCCUUGAAUCUUAAGUCACUCUCCCCACUGGAGUUCAGUGAGUUGUGCGCUCUAAAUUAGAUUUCAUUUCCGACCUAGGUCUUCACUUUCCCGAGUCUCUUAAUUCCCGAGUCACCUUAAUUUUUAAAGCGACUCACAUCAAGGAAUUGGACUACUCUAUCCAGGGGCGGAGAGCUAGCUGCGUCUAGAGCUGAGCCUGGCGCAGGUAGCUAAGU